CUCACAAAAGUCAAACUUUUAGACGCGUUAUCAGUCAGAGAAACGAGAAAAGAAAGAAAGCUGCCUUCAAGGAAAAAUAAUAUUUAUUAUUUAUUUUUGUACAUAUAAACAAUACAAAAAGUUAGUUUAUUAUUUUGUAUAUUUUUGUAUUUAUUAUUUCUUAUUUUAAUCAAAAACGAUGACAUCUGCACUUUAUCUAGAAAACUACCUCGAUAAAACAGCAAAACACUAGCAAACAAAAAAUAUGGAUUCAUUGCCGUCUCUAGGUCUUGAAUCACUGCCAACAGAGCUGGAAAGGAAUUUCAAACUUAUGCGUAAGCUUGAUGAUCGGGCCCAGACGGCAAUGAAAAGUAUCGAUACCCAUGCCAAAGAGUACAUGAAAAAUCUGGUGACCAAUAAAGAUGCCAUGACCGAAGAGGAACGGAAGAAGCGGCUGCAUGAAAUCCAAGUGUUGUUUGGCAAAGCCAAGGAAUACAGUGAUGACAAGGUUCAGCUAGCGAUACAGACGUAUGAAUUGGUCGACAAACAAAUCCGAAGGCUGGACAAUGAUUUGGCGAGGUUCGAGGGUGAGAUUCAAGAGAAGGCAUCGUCCACACGAAGCAAAUCCGAGGAAGCUGUUGUAAAGAAAGGUCGAAAGAAAACCAAGGACGCUAAGGUAACUGGUAAAAAGAAACAAUCACCAUCCUCAGAAGAUGAGGCUCGAGGCGGUGGUGGUACUGCGGCGCAAGUUAGCAAAAAGAAAAAGCAGAAGGUAAAUCAAGAAAAAGAGAAUCGCAAGGGUCAAAAGUUGAGUUGCUUGACACAGAAGAAUGCAGAAGUUGAAGAAUCUGAAAAAGAAUCUGGACCUGCCACGCAUCCAAGUGAUGUAUUGGAUAUGCCAGUCGAUCCUAAUGAACCUACCUACUGUUUGUGUCAUCAAGUGUCUUAUGGCGAGAUGAUUGGAUGUGAUAAUCCAGAUUGCCCAAUUGAAUGGUUUCACUUUGCCUGCGUUGGACUUACAACAAAACCAAAAGGCAAAUGGUUUUGUCCCAAAUGUACGCAAGAUCGAAAGAAAAAAUAAAUCAUUUUUGGCUUUUAGUUUUGUUCUGUUUUACAAAAUUGUGUUUAAGUUAAAAUCUUUUAUAUUUAUGUAUGUACGUAAAAUUAAGAAAACAAAAAUUAUUAGCUAUUUAAAUAAAAUUAAAAAAAAAAAUAUGCUUG